CAAUCAUUGCGAUACGAGCCUUUGGUUCCAAGGAACCGACUCCCGAUGCAAUGGAAUGGCGUGUGUGCACCAACGGACCGAGAAGUCGCCAAGACUUGACCGACUCCGGUGCGGUGCACGUGACCAUACCUCCACGUCAGUCUGGGUUGCUACAAAACUAAAUUAAAACGUCUCUUGCUUUUUGACUAUACCCACUUCCUGCAAUGCUGACGACUCCGCUACUUGCGUUGACCUUUUCUCUAAUUCCUUCGCUGGUGACGGCGGCUAUAUUUCCUUCUGGUACUCUUGUGAAGAUGUUGGACGCGAAGAGUUUCAAGAAGGCAAUGAAGGCUAAUGAAACGAGUAUGGUAGCAUUUGUCGCGCCCUGGUGUGGGCACUGUCAACGGUUGGCGCCAGAGUACAGCAAGGCUGCUCAAGCAUUUCAUCCUUUGGUUCCAGUAUAUGCUGUUGAUUGUGAUGAUGAGAAGAACAAGCGGUUGUGCGCGGAACAAGGAGUACAAGGUUUCCCUACAGUCAAGCUCUUCCCUCGAGGAAACCAAAUCCCACCCAUGACCUAUGGGUCUGGUGAACGUACGGCUAGUGCCCUCUUCUACUGGGCUUCUUCGAGAGUACCCUCCCCCAUGAAGAAACUCUAUAACGUAGAAGAGUUACAAUCCUGGAUUGAGACGUCUGCCUCAUCUCCGAAACCUCGAGCGUUACUGCUGACGAAAGAAAAGAAAGUCCCGCUCCUUUGGAAGGUCCUUGCAAACAAGUUCACUGACAAUAUCGACUUCGCAUCUCACCGGAAUCGCAAGGGCAAAGGUUCAAAGGCCUUGGGAUACGAGGACAUAGAAGAGAGGUCCAUAGUGCUCAUUUACUCUCAAGGUGCAACAAAAGCAGUUCGUUACGAAGGCAAAAUGAAACUAGAACCACUCACCAAGUACUUCGAUACCAUUGUGGACGGUACCGCCGACUUGAGUAUUCCUGAAGAGCCCGCUGUCAAGGAAGAUACGUCGGAAGAUGCCGAUGAAAUCGUGAUCGAUAGUCCCGCGACGGCGUCAGAACCUGAACUUACGCCAGAAGAAGUAGAGCCUGAGUUUGAGGUUGUUGAGGAGAGUUCGACUUCGGAGCCGGAGGAGCCUGCUCCGGAGCAAACAGUAGUAGAGGUUGUUGAGGAGCCUUCGGAGAAGACUGAGUCGCCUGAAGCUGUGGACGAAGCUUCGUCACCAGAGCCUGCGCCUGAGGUUAUCGUUGAGGCAGAGACGGAGCAAGUCGUUCUGGAUACUCCGAGCGAGCCACGUCCCGUCGACGAGCUCUAGUUAUUCGUGGAAUAUGUGUAGGAUAAGCGCUAAGCUGUCAAUAUUAUUAUUGCUGAUAAGAGACAGCGGGACAGACUUUAGUGUCAGUAGACUGAGUUAUUCUUGGAAUUACGCCAAGUACUCGAAUAGCUAUAGCUUCGAAUCCAUCAGGUCCUUUCUUUUUUACCGUCUUGAAUCUUGAUUAGGCAGGUAACAAAUCCCGCGAGGGUUUGUUUCAGAAAAAUUUACCUAGGACCCUUGGAAGAG